AAAAAAUGUGCUGAAAUGGUGACGUCGAAACCGUGACCAGAGAUACUCUGGACCAAAUCUCCGGAAACUGCGGUCUGUGGGAAGGGAGCUUUGGCAUUGGGCCGUAACUGUGAUUGCCCCUUGUUGGAGGCUUGUGGUCAGCAGAAGCAGCUGAAACAGAUGAGAGGCGAGGCCCUCCGUGGCUGAGGUACGUAUACCUUGAUGCUGGCGCAGACAAUGGGGUGCGAUUGGGAGCCGAAAGGGGGAAGCGCUCUCCGAUGCCACUCAUGGAGGGCUUCACGCGGCGCAUGUUAAUACUUUAGGCUGUUGCCCACCCUUUCCUGAGUUCUCUACGUCGACCUCCUCUGAUGAUCCAACUUUCUUGACGUUUUAAGCUCGGCUCGCCAUCGACUGAAUAUACACAUUGUCAUUAGCCAUUACACGAGAAAAGGAAAAACACCAGACACCAAAGACUGCAGAAAAUGGCACUCGGAGACACAGUAUUGUUGACUGGCGCCACCGGCCACCUUGGCUGGGCCAUUCUUCGUUUCCUACUCGGUGAAGGAUAUCAUGUCCGGUGCGCUGUCCGAAAGGCAGAGGACGAACACACAAUCCGAGCUCGACCCGCAGUACGCCGUUUGAACCCCGGCUCGAGACUUUCCUUUAUCGUUGUGCCAGACAUCACGACACCUGGGGCAUUCGUGGCAGCUGCGGAAGAUGCCGCCUACAUCAUCCACACAGCGUCUCCCCUACCAAGCAAGUCUGCUCAUUGGAUCACCACUGAUGACGCCCGCGAGACGUUCAUCAAGCCUGCUGCUGCUGGAACACUCAAUAUCCUUGAUGCCGCUGAGCAAAGCGGAACCGUGAGACGUGUUGUCUUUACCAGUUCCAUUGCGGCAAUUGUUCCAAUAUCACAAAUGGAGGGCAAAGAACAGAGAACACGGCCAGUGCUUCCCGAAGACCGGAUACCCGUCGACCAAGGACCAUACCAAUCCGAGUUUGCCGCCUACGCAGCCUCUAAAUGUCGAGCACUCCAAGUGGCGGAGGAGUACAUGAAGAACGAGCGGCCACCUUUUGACGCCGUCUACAUACAUCCCGGCUUCGUGCUGGGGGCCAACACGGCAGCGACUACGGAGAAGCAGGCGAUGCGGGGCACAAACUCCAUGUUGGCAGCCUUGCUCCUAGGACACAGCCAGGGGGUAUACGCGGGGUUGUCGGUGCAUGUCGAAGACGUGGCCCGGGUUCAUGUCAAGGCUCUGAGUCCCAAGAUUCUUGGGGAUCAGAGCUUCAUCUUGGGGGAGCAAGUACGGUGGACCGACGCCAUCGACAUUGCCGAGGAAGAAUUCCCAGAGCUUUUCGCAAAUACAUUUGGAACGGGCUUCAUCAGCUUCACCGACCAGGUAAAGAGCGUUGUCGAGCAUUGGGCCAAAGUACGCCAGCCUCGCGGGGUGCCUUUUUCUUCAACAGCUACAGGUCCUCAAACAGAAUCACUGGGCUGGGAAAGCGGCAAGAUUGCCAGAGUCAAGUCGCCCAUGGUGUACAGGCCAAGCCCAAGCGGCGGGCACGAACCGAGCAUCCCAGACGUCCAUCUUUCUCUGCCGAAUGGGAUCGCGGGGUUGGAGGAGCACGACUACGGCGCAGCAGUGCUACCACCUGCCACGGAGGAAGAGACAUGGGAGAGCAUCAUCCAGCGGCACAUGAUUCCAUCGGAGGCUUUUUCUUCGUCGGGCGAAAGCGGGGGCAGCAAUUGGUCGACUGCGUCGAAUCAUACUGAAGGCAUCACGUCGGGUUCAUCGGGCGACGAGGAGGGACCGACAAACUCUGAUGAUUCAGAUGCCGGGGAUGAUUCAAGAGUUCAAAAAAGAAAUUCACUCCCAUCAAUCAGACCUUGA